AUGAUGAGACCAACCGCUGGUUCAGUCCUCUGCCUGGCCGCCCUCGCCUUACGGGCAUCCGCAUCCGACCCGCCAACCGCCGACCUAGGCUACGUUACAUACACAGGCUUCACGAAUGAGACAGCCCAGAUCAACUACUUCUACGGCAUCCCAUAUGCACAGCCGCCUCUGGGCCAUCUCCGUUGGCGGGCCCCCAGGCCAAUUGAAGCUUCGAACAACUUCACCGGCCAAAUCAUCAACGCAACAUCGCCUCCACCCAUGUGUUAUCAAUCAGCAACACCACUGCUGGUUGAAGAGUCACCCGCUUUCGGCUCCUUUGAACCCGAAUACUAUUUUCAGAACCUUCCGCAGUCAGAGGACUGCUUGAUGCUCAAUGUGAAGGCUCCGCAAAAUCCUACUAGCAACUCACUGCCCGUCUUCGUAAUGCUUCAUGGCGGAGGAUAUACAGUGGGUUCUCCGGAGAUCGUCUCACCGGGUGAUGCAAUCGUGCAUAAGUCCAAUGGAAGCCUAAUUUACGUCGAGGUCCAGUACAGGCUCGGGCUAUUCGGCUUUUUGGCUGGAUCUGAGGUCAAGGAGAGCGGCGAUCUGAACGUCGGUCUGCUUGAUCAGAGAGCUGCCCUCGACUGGCUGCAGCGCAACAUCAAAGCGUUUGGCGGUGAUCCCAACCGCGUCACAAUCUGGGGUGGGUCUGCAGGAGGCGGCAGUGUCACCCUCCAGCUGACCGCAGGCGGCGCUUUCGACCAACCCCCCUUCUCCGCUGCUAUCCCCGAGUAUCCGUGGUGGAUACCCAUGUUGACCGGGAGCACUCAAGAGCGCCAAUUCCGUACCGCCCUUCAGCUCAGCAACUGUUCGGAUCUGGCGUGUCUGCGGGCACUUGAGUCGUCGGACCUGCAAUUCGCCAACCAGCGGGUGCUAAACACGACUUAUCCGGGGCCGCAGUAUGGGGCUGGCUCUGGUUACUGGGGUCCUGUUGUCGACGGCAAAUUCAUCCGUCAGCUUCCGAGUGAUGAGUUCAAGCAAGGAAAUUUCCACAAAGUACCCAUCCUUCUCGAUCACGAUGCAUACGAAGGAUACAUAUUUUCGCUCCCGUCUGCCACCCUGGACGAAACAAUCAUGGACGCCAUGUACGAAUUCCCAUCGGCCGGUCCGUCGUUCUUCAGCCGCCUCAAUCAGCUCUACCCACAGAGUGCAUACAACUCAACCUUCUUCCAGCGGCAGACGUGGUUCGGAGAUGUCAUGAUCAACUGUCCAACCUACUACGUGGCGACUGCAUUCACCGACCGGGCGUUCAACACCUCGGCCGUCUUCAAGCUCAUCUUCGCAGCCGGCUCUCAACUGCACGCCGCCACGACGCCGUUCCUGACGUCGAAAUCGAUCAACUUUCCGGAUGCGAACAACGCGACGCUUGCCGACAUCAUGUCAGCGUAUUGGAUCAGCUUUGCGACCACACAUGAUCCCAAUCCCUUACGGGAUCCUCGUGCGCCGUUUUGGCCAUCCUACUCGAGUGGCGGGAACGGCAGCGCUGCAGACGGACAGAGCAUUGGGUUUAGCGUCCUGCAAAUAAACGACAAAUCCAUCGAGGUGCAAGGAGACCCGGACAAUUCAGCAGCUUGCAGCUUCUUUAGCUCACACAGCCAAUCGGUCUUGAACUGA